GUUGCGAUCAAACCCAGUCCUUCCGUAAGGCAGUCGCAAGGCUCCCUCCCUCUCUUGCCCUCGUACUCUCUCCUACGAGUGCAUCUCGUCCCCGUUCUCAACAGCUGCCUCUCCUCAGGUUCUCUUUCUUCAUCGUUGAUAUAUAUCUAACACGCGACCGUGUACAUCAUCCUCACGAACCAGAAACGCGCAGUCCAACCUCAACUUUGCUUACUGUCUUCUGCCCUCCGCUUAGAAUUCUAUUCUUUAGUCUUCUCUCUCGCUGCUCAUAGCGUUUGAGCUAACAGGAUACGAGCUAGUUGAUUCCUUCUCCAGACGCGCGCACGACUUUGACCGUCAAGAUAUUGCUUAUUCUCUCACAUCACCUCCACGCAUCCUUUUUAUCAGUCAAUCAUCCGGACGUCUUCAACAUCAAACUUAUACUUAUCUGGUAUGUGAUCCCGCCUCUAUAUGCAUACCAUAAUUUUAUUGACAGCUUACGUACUGCCAGCUUAAAACGAUGCACGACGCUGUAACGAACUCUUCAACUCCCACGAACUUCUAUUCUCAUAACGCUGACGACCUUAUAACGCAAAAUCAGACCAUGUCAAACACUCUCCAGCCCGGCCAGAGGGAUGUGUUGUCCGCACAAGCGUCUCGUAGAGCGCCCGUUUCGAACAGUAACGGUCGUUGGAGAGUCAAUGCGCUGGGUCAACUCAUUGAUUCCUCUUCCGCCGACUACCUUGUGGACGAGAUCAGCAAGUUGCAGAUCGUCAGCGAAGAGUCCAAUGGACAGAUGCGAACACCACCGCAGUCAAAAGCCGCUGUUGGGGCAGUGAUGACACUGCAUGAGACGAGCCCGCUCGAGACGGCUUCCGAAACGAGUGUUGAGUCUAACUCGCCGAUAGAACACCCUAUCAGCUAUUCAUCUCACUCGCGAGAAUCGUCGGUCGAUACUACAGGUUCUGCUUUAAGCCAAACUUUGCGGGCUGGUCCGUACACGCCGCUCAAAGUCUCCACUGCCGGGGAAAGUCGAAACCGACCUCAUUCGUACAGCGGCGGGCUGUCUGCGGCCGAUCUCAGCCGUCUACAGCAAGCAGGCGGUAGCCCCGGCGCUGAAUCGUGGUCCUCACCGAAUGGUACUCCAGAGAAACAGUCACAGGCUGACCAACCAACAUACCCGUCUCUUUCCGGCCAAAAUGGAUAUGCUUCACGUUCACAGGAACUUCUUUCGCAGCCACAAAUGAUGUCAUCAGCACAAGGUUCUCAUGAUGAUCUGCAAGCUGAGUAUCAGCAACGUCGACUAAGUAAUUCGAUGGUAGGACAGGGCCCUGGUACGACACCUCAGUACGCCACGACUCACAACAGAGCUGGAGGACAGGCGUAUCGGUCCUCGCGUGGUUAUAAUCCUUCCGCCCAAGCUCCACCUGUAGUCCCAAGCCCGACGAACUUUGCCUAUCCUACUCCCAUGCAGCCAGCACCCCUCUCGUUGAAUAAUAACCAACAGCAACUGUACGAUAUGAUGAUCCCUACCCCUCCACUUGAUAAUCCUGUUAUGGCGCGUUUGCAACAACAGGCAUAUCGAGGCGGUCACCAACACUCUGCAUCGGACCCUGCGUCUCUUCGUGAUCCCGCCACGUUGGCUUUGAUCAACAGUAGUAUGCAAGCUGCAUUUGCGAACCAGAUGUACCCUGGUGCUAUGGCUCCUCCGGCAUUGUUUCCAAACCAGUUCUAUGGUGCCCCACAGGACGCGUAUGGCCCCGAGCUUGCCAUGAUGGCACGUCUUCAAGCUCAAUACAAUAGCGUGUAUGCUGUACCUCUUCCAUCUGGAGGUGCGGUCCCCCUUGGGGGUGCGGCUGCCAAUGGAAGCGUUUCCUCUUCCGGAGGCACCGGAAAUGGACCCAGCGCGACGAAUCGCAAACUUGGCCUUUACAAGACUGAGCUGUGUCGCAGCUGGGAGGAGAAAGGCAGUUGCCGCUAUGGUAGCAAAUGUCAGUUUGCACACGGAGAGGAGGAAUUGCGAAAAGUGCAGCGCCAUCCCAAGUACAAGACCGAGAUUUGUCGAACCUUCUGGGUUUCGGGCUCAUGUCCGUAUGGGAAGCGAUGCUGCUUCAUUCACACCGAGCUUCCUGCAAAUGGCGUCGCGCCAGGGGCUGAUGGCGCUCCUCCUCCUCCUGUUGUCAACCCAGAUGGUCGGGCGCGAUCAGCGAGCACGAACAGCGAUCCCACCGAGGGAUCGACUUCAUUGCUGGCUAGGAUCAAGCGUGGACAGGAUGUGCCUGCUAACUCCAGCACCAGCACAACUCCGUCUUCUGGUCCCACUCGCCCUGGUUCGCUGAGAGUUGACACAUCUGUCAUCGACGGUACUAGUGGCGCCAAGCAGAACAAGUCGGCCUUCCCUAGCUUCACUCACAAUGGUAUCUUGAUGCCUACCACCGAUGAUGGUCCGUCGAUGUCACCGGGACCGGUCACCGCUGCUCCGGACUUUGGGCGUCAUACAGCUGCUAGAAUCGACAUUGUGGGUACACAGCGACUCUCCAAGACGCCUACCGGUAAUCCCAACCUUCGCCACUCUUUCAGCGGUAGCGAUCAACUAGAUUUCAGUAGCGUUACGACGCCUACUGCCUCUUCGAACCAAUACUCGCUGUCCCCUCCGGAGCCCUUGAGGGGUUCUCGUAUCAAUGGUCAUGUGCGGUCCGGCAGUGCAGGAAACUGGGGUGCUGCAACUCGGAGCAGCCAUUUGACGGCUUAUCCUCUCUCCUCCAUCCCAGGUGGCGAGUCAAAAGUGAACUCCCCAUGGGCGGAGUACAAUUCUGGGUCCCGUGCGACCGAGAAAAACUGGGUCUAAGAGCGACAAGAGGUGUUUGCUAACCCAGGGAUGCUCGAAUAGUUAGGUAUUGUUCUUUAUUCUUGUGCUUGUGUUUGUAUCAAUGGACGUGCGUAAAAGUGCGACGUACAUAUCCACUCAUCGUACAUAUCCCCGCCUCUCUCUUUGUAUGCUUCUACUUGCCUCCGCCGAGCGCGAGACUCAAACAUGUCUUGGUCUUUUUCUUUUCUUUUCUUCAACCUACCCCCUCAUGUGCAUACUAUUCCCCCUUUCAUGCAUUGCUUUCCCUUGUGUUUUCUUGUGCUUCCGCCUCUGAUCAUUGCUGCCUCGUCCUUUUGCUCGUCUUGUCGAACCAAGCUUGACUUAUUCUCCAGACAUAGGAUAAUAUAUCUCUCCGCUCCCUCGUCAAUAUGUUUAUUUUAUGUCAAUACAAUUAUCGUUCAUUUGUCGUUGAGUCAGUCAUGGUAUGAGUAUGAUAGCUGAUACUUGUGUGUCGAUUCCGUGAACAUGAGGAGCUACAUUACAGAACGUUACAUUGGGUAUCCCGUCGCAAGAUACUCUAAAGCGCAAUGUGUACAAUCGUCA